AUGAUUAGGAAUACGCCUCCAAAACCAUCCUCUCGCCGGCGUCGCCACUCACGAAAGUAUGCGCCCUCUUCCGAAGAAUUCCCAGAGCCUCUUGACAAGAAGGAGCAGGAAAAAAAGGUGGAGAGGAAGCCAUCGCCACCGGGACUCUCAGAGCUUCUAGGUAGCUAUUUCGUGACUGGAGGACGAGCGGGCAACAAUACUCGCGCGGAAUUGCGGACAAUAGAGAGAAAUAUUGUGGAAAGAGAAGCAGCAAGACCCCGGGAUCCUAAGCCUGGAGAAAUCGUUUUCAAAGAACCGCGACGGCCAGAGGCAGUGCGCAGAGAGAGGAUCAAAAAUGAACAAGCACAAGCGAGGGUUCUACGUGAGGCUCGACGGCAAGAGGAAUUGCGGCGCCACGAAACUGAACGUCAAGCAUGGGAGCAUGAGCUUCGACGACGCGAACAGGAAACUCGAAAAUACGAAGCUGAACUUCAACGUUUGAAGAAGCUGAAUAUCGAUGACGUGAAGAGGAGAUUGUUCGAAAACAUGAAGCUGAACUUCGACGCCAGGAGAGGGAACGUGACGUUGAACUUCGACACCAUGAGAGCGAGCGUCGACCUCAUCAGGUUCAGGUUGACCAUUAUUCUGAACAUCAAAUUAUUGUUCGAGAACAAAAUCCUAGAUCCGAAUCCCGAGGACGUUCGCGUCUUGGCACGGACAGUGACAGCGACGAUCGCCCUUCAGACCAACCCGAACCACGACCAGGUCUACGAGGGGGAGGGCCUUCCGGAGGAGCGAGGUAUCGAGCCGAAUCUAAUCUACAUAUUUUACGUUCGAUACGGCGAAAUUAAAGAGAUAUCAACAGACCUUUCACCUAGAAGACUGGGCGGCAUUGGCCGCUGGACUGAUAAGGGCCUUUUGACGCACCUCGUGGAGAGAUACCGGAGGCAAAGUGGAAAUGAAAAGUGGUGGACCUGGAGGUAUUGGUGGGAUUCAUUCAUGAAGGAGAUUGCUGCCUUGAUCCUUAUCCAAAUGGAAGAAUCGAGAGUCUCUUACCAAAGAAUCCCAUACCCCGACGAGAGACCGGAACCCCCAAUUACCGACCUACGGCGCCGAGUCAAGCGAAGUAUCGAUCUCUUUGGCGGCAAAGAAGCGUCGGGCCAGUUCAGGUACUUGAUUCGCCACUAUAAAACUAUGACCGACAGCAGCCGAAUCAUAACGAGCCAGAUCGACCGGCUGGCCAUAUCGGGACAACAAGACCACGCCGAGUCGGCACAUUACACAUAUUAUUUGUUACUCGAGGUUGUUGAGGGCCAGAAUGGGCAAGCGUUCCUCCUCGGCAUCCUCAUAAUAAUACUCUGCUUCCUCGCUUUCGGCCUCGCCCUGGGCGCCACUCAAGCAUCGAGCAUCAGCUGGGGCGACGUCUUCUCCAUUUCUGGCUUCGGUCUGGCCGCUCUAAGUGGCUUAUUCGCCCUCAUGGCGCUGGCCCAGUACCUCGGGCUGGAAGAUAUGAGUCCGGGGAAUCCGAUUUCCAGAGAUACUGCGGAGGAUUAG